AUGGCUGUCGAGGGCCUUCUCGAGCAAUAUCAGGGCCAUAUUGUACCAAAGGCCUACAAUGCGGGUUAUCUCGCGCUCAGCUACCUGAUCAGUUUGGUGGGGGCUGCUUCGACGCUCGAAUUGAUCAAUCGACGAUCAUGGUUUAACGGAAUUUCGAAUCAUCUGAUACUAUGUUCAUCCGCAAUCACCAUGGGCGGUAUAGCCAUUUGGUGCAUGCACUUUAUUGGCAAUAUCGCACUCACGCUUGCUGAGGGCGAGGCAGAGAUGCAGAUUGUAUACUCGAGUGGCAUGACAGUACUCUCCUUCUGCAUGCCUGUUCUUGUCCUCCUCGGCGCAUUCUACGCGAUAGGCAUCUCGAAUCGAAUCGCCUGGUGGAGAGUGAUAACGGCGGGUAUUCUUUGCGGCUGUGCCAUCUGCGGUAUGCACUACUUAGCCAACGCUUCAAUCAAGAACUAUCAGUGUAUCUACGAACCGGCAUAUAUCGUAGGUGCUGCCAUCAUUGCCGUCGCUGCGAGUACUGUUGCGCUGGCCAUGUUCUUUAUCUUCCAGUCGCUUUCGGCGAGUAGUUGGUGGAAGCGAACUAUUUCUGCUAUCAUCCUUGCUGGAGCGGUAUCGAGUAUGCACUGGUGCGCCUCUGUCGGUACUCAGUACAGGCUGCUUCACUUGAGGAAACUGGAGCGAGGAGACCGCACUGCGACCGCGGUUGCAGUUAUUUGCUUAUCUUUCAGUGCCUGCAUCAUCAUUGCUGGAUCGGCUAUUCUACGAGCCCGCACUCUAAGAGGCGCAGCCCUUCGGGCUCAACAGAUUGAGCUAGCGGCUAUUGUUUUUAACAAAGACGGAUGUCUUCUCGUCGACAGCAACGGAGUCUUCCCAAACACCGUUGUUACAGAUUUCUUCAUUGGAGAGAACACCGACGACAAAUUCAACACUGCCCAUCCGCAGUUCCACUGGAUGUUCAGGCUUCGCGGAACUGGACUGGAAUCUCGGGAUUAA